GGCAACUCUAGGCGCGGGCCCAGCGCGCGUUCCACGCGGCCCCAACGCAGUUUGGCUUGCAGGCAGCCCCCUUCGGGCCACUGCGCCCAGCGCUGGGCAGCCGCCGUCUCCUCCCCUGCGGGCCCUUGUAGAGAUGGCCCCAGGGACAAGGAUGGCCAGACUGCUCUUGGAGGAUGUGAGCGCUCUUCAGUGUUGCUGGGGCUGACGCCAAGCUGGCAGCCAUGGGGCUGGGCAGGCUCCAGGCCUGGAUGCUGGGCCUUCCUACGGCUGUGGUCUAUGGCUCCCUGGCCCUCUUCAUCUCUAUCCUGCACAAUGUGUUCCUGCUUUACUAUGUGGACACCUUUGUCUCAGUGUACAAGAUCAACAAAGCUGCCUUCUGGGUUGGAGAGACGGUGUUUCUCCUCUGGAACAGCCUCAACGACCCCCUCUUCGGCUGGCUGAGUGACCGUCACUUCCUCAGCUCUCAGCCCCGGUCGGGCACUGGGCUCUCCUCGAGGGCCGUGGUGCUGGCACGGGUGCGGGCCCUGGGCUGGCAUGGACCAUUGCUGGCACUAUCGUUCCUGGCAUUCUGGGUGCCCUGGGCCCCAGCUGGCCUGCAGUUCUUGCUGUGCCUAUGCCUCUAUGAUGGCUUCCUGACGCUUGUGGACCUGCACCAUCAUGCCUUGCUGGCUGACUUGGCCCUCUCUGCGCACGACCGUACCCACCUCAACUUCUACUGCUCCCUCUUCAGUGCGGCUGGCUCCCUCUCUGUCUUUGCCUCCUAUGCCUUCUGGAACAAGGAAGACUUCUCUUCCUUCCGCGCCUUCUGCGUGGCACUGGCCACCAGCUCUGGGCUGGGCUUUGUGGGGGCCACACUGCUGCUUAGGUGGCAGGUUGAGGCAGCUGGCAGGCAGCCAGAGUGCCCAGCCCUGGCUGCGGAUGGCGGCCUGUGCGGAGAGGAGCUGCUCACAGGCCGCCAGGAUGCAGGCAGCGUCACUCUGGGCCAGUACCUCCAGCAGCUGGCACGUCACCGGAACUUCCUAUGGUUCGUGGGCAUGGACCUGGUGCAGUCGGCUUCCGGCCUGCUCCCAGCUCCCCUCCAGCCCAGCAGCCUCCUCACGGGCCGUUGGGUUGCAGGUCUUUCACUGCCACUUCAACAGCAACUUCUUCCCCCUCUUCCUGGAGCAUCUGUUGUCAGACCACAUCUCCCUCUCCACGGGCUCCUUCCUGUUGGGCAUCUCCUACGUGGCCCCCCACCUCAACAACCUCUACUUCCUGCCCUUGUGCCGGCGCUGGGGCGUCUACGCCGUGGUGCGGGGGCUCUUCCUGCUCAAGCUGGGCCUGAGCCUGCUCAUGCUGUUGGCAGGCCCCGACCACCCCGGCCUCCUCUGCCUCUUCAUUGCCAGGUAUGCGCUGCCCUCCCUCACCCGCUCCACCUCCGCUCCACCCGGUCAUCCUUGCCUCUCCCCCCACCCCCUUUCUUUGCUGGCAGCAACCGCGUCUUCACGGAGGGCACCUGUAAGCUGCUGACCCUGGUGGUCACUGACUUGGUGGAUGAGGACCUGGUCCUGAACCGCCGCAAGCAGGCAGCCUCAGCUCUUCUCUUUGGCAUGGUGGCCCUGGUGACCAAGCCGGGCCAGACCUUCGCCCCGCUGCUGGGCACCUGGCUGCUGUGCUUCUACACAGGUCACGAUCUCUUCCAGCAGCCCCCGCUGACCCCUGUGGGGAGUGCCCAGCCCUGGCCAGAGCCCCCGGCCCCGGCCCCAGCCCAGGCCCCGACACUCCGCCAGGGCUGCUUCUACCUGCUGGUGCUGGUGCCCAUCACCUGUGCCCUGCUGCAGCUGUUCACUUGGUCCCAGUUCACACUGCAUGGGAGACGCCUGCACAUGGUCAAAGCCCAGCGCCAGAACCUAUCACGGGCCCAGACCCUGGAUGUUAAGAUGGUGUGAGAGGCAGGCACAGCAAGGCCACCCUGCUGAGGACACGGUCACAGGCCUGGGCAGGAGCCACUUUUGCCAGGCCCUCGUCCUGCUCCUCUGCCUCCCUGGGGCACAGCCUGGAGGACAGAUGGCAGAAUGGGAGCCUUUGAGGCUGAGCCAGGAGCAUCACUGAGGUCUAAGUUCUGGCUUGGCUGUCUGGCCCAGCUUGGGCAAGAGCUGGGCUGUAUGUGCUCAGGGACCUGCUUCCCUGCCGUGGGGCAGGAGGAAGAGGAGGACCAAGAAGGGAAGGGGCUGUCUGCGAUCACAUGGGGUUGCUGCAGGGCCUGGAGGCCUGUCCAACCACCUGGCUGGGGCUGGUGCUGCGUAGGCUCGGAAGCCACUUUCACCAUUCAGGGGACGCUGUGAGUCCCACCGCCCCCUCCCUCCACCUUUCCAGUGGUUUCUCUGACCUCUCCGCUUCAGUUGUGCCUGAAGUAUUGUGUCCCAGCUGCUGCAGGGCUUCCCCACCCCUAUCUGACCUCUCAAAGAGGUUCAUGUCAUCACAGACUGAUUAAAGUCAGUCAUUUCUGUU